GACACUUUACUCAUUUUCAAUGAUGGCCGCAUGUUUUCAAUUUGUAAUUUGUUUACAUUUUGAUUAUAACUAAAAUAGUAAUAUUUGUGAAAUAAUUACUAAUUUAUGGGCAAUAUAAGUGCGCAAUAUAUUAUAUAAACUAUGUCGAAAACGAUAAAAAUGUUUAAAGUGUACUGUGGCUAAAUUAGUCUAGUAGUAUUUCCACAUUUCUGUUUAUUUUGUGGAUCUUAAAACAAAAAACAAGAUGACGAAUAGUCAAUUAGUAUCUGAUUUGAUUGUGGGCUUAAAAUCUCGUCACACAGAAACCCGACAUAAAGCUAUUCGGGAGCUCCAGAACUUCGCUAAGCUCGACCUGCGAGAGAUGUCUCAGGAUGCUUUAACUCAAGUCCUGGAUGAAUUCAGUCAACAAAUUCAUAUAAUGACUUCAAGCUACGAUAUCAACGACAAAAAAGCGGGAAUUUUGACUAUUGUUUGCCUCAUAAGCAGUGACUCAGAAGCAAAUAAGACAAGAAUAACUCGCUAUGCUCAUUACUUGAGAAACAUAUUCCCAUCAAAUGAUAUAAAUAUUUUAGAACUGGCGGCAAAAACGAUGGGUAGAAUAGCAACAUCACUGGGUAUAAAACGUGGGGAAUAUGUAGAAAUGGAGAUAAAAAGAGCCUUUGAAUGGCUAACUGGGGAAAGAAAUGAGGGGAAAAGACUAUCGGCUUGUCUCAUUUUAAGAGAACUAGCUAUUGCUAUGCCAUCAUUCUUUUUUCAGCAUAUCAAUAGCUUUUUUAACUAUAUCAUGACAGCAAUGCGAGAUCCUAAAGAGCAGAUUAGAGAAGCUGCAGCCAAAGCUAUCAGAGCUGCUUUUGUAGUGACGUCUCAGAGGGAAAUACCAGAACAGAGCAACAAGGCUCACUGGUACAUUCAAUGCUAUGAGGAAUCCAUGUCUUCUUUCUCAGACCCAAUGAGAGAAAGAUUUAUGAGCAGAGAUGAGCAUGUUCACGGGGGAUUAUUAAUUUUAAACGAACUGUUCCGUUGUUCUAAUUCCAAUUGGGAGAAGAAAUACACUGGUCUCAUGCAGAAGCUUGAUUCAGAACAGGAAAUUUCUGAUGAAAUGUCUUCAUUUAACCCAAAACUGUAUGGCUCAUUGUCAUACCAAUAUGAUGAUAAAAACCAACAUAUUAUUUUGGAAUCGUCAAUAUGCAAGAAGUUAUUAAUGGAAAAGUAUGAUAAAAUAUCUGUGGAUGUCAUGGCACAGCAGAUAUCAAGGUCUCACAGUGUUCAUCAGAUGCUUCUUCUAGUGAUACCAAGAUUAGCAGCGUUCAACAGAGAAGCAUUUGCUAAAAAACAUCUUAAAUCUACCAUCAAUCAUUUGAUUACUUUUUUGAGAGGCAGAGAAAAAGAGAAAGCUAUGGCUUUCACAACAUUAGGUCUUAUUUGCAUAGCAGUCGAAGAUGAUAUUAAACAGUACCUGCCUAGAAUUAUAGAAAUCAUAAAACAAACUUUUCCACUCAAAGAUGUACCAAGAAAAAAAGUUGGAAUAGAUACACCUUUGUUUCAUUGUGUUACUUUACUAGGUAUUGCAAUGAAAGAAAAUGUUGCAAAUGAAAUAAAAGAGCUUCUUGACCCUAUGUGUGCAACUGGACUGAGUUCACAGUUGACAACGUGUUUUAAGGAGCUGAGUCAAAAAGUUCCAUCAUUGAAAAAAGAAAUUACAGAUAGAUUGCUCAAUAUCCUGUCUCUAAUAUUGAGGAAGAAGCCUUAUAUCUCCAGCAGUGUAGAAUCACCUUCUGUACAUGCACUAUCAAAAGCUUUGUUAGUAGAACCACAUGAUGCUGUAAAAUUAGUCUUAGCAUUACAUACUUUAGGUACAUUUGACUUUGAGUGGAACAAUACUCUGAUGUCGUUUAUAAGAAGAUGUACUGAUCAUUACCUACAGUAUGAGCAGCAGGAUGUGAGACUAGAGGCAGUAAAAACUGUAGCCAAAUUGCUAAUCAAAGCCAUUGAACGAUGUUCAGCCACUAAUUCACGAACUUUGAAUUCUUUGAUUGACGAAUCUCUUGGCAAACUUUUAUCCAUCGGUCGAUCUGAUUUCGAUCAAGAAAUACGGUACAAGGUUCUCGAAAUUUUUACGAACCCAAUUUUUGACAAGUAUUUAGCUGUUGAGGAACAUUUGAGUUGCCUGUUUGUUGCCAUCAAUGAUUCAAAUACCGACGUGAGUGAAUUGGCUCUAUGUGUCACGGGGAGGUUGAGCAAUAUAAAUCCGAGUUACACUACGCCAAUUCUGCGGCAACUGUUCGUACAGAUUUUAAUGGAGUUGCAGUAUUCAGAAUCAGCUCGCAAUAAGGAGCAGUCUCUCAGGAUGGUGAACAACAUCAUAUCGCACGCCCCGCGGCUGACGCAACAGUUUGUAGAUACGAUUUUGAAAGUGCUCAUACCUAAGUUGAAAGAGGAUGAAACAAAUUCAACUAUGAUAUCUAUAAUUUUGAAGUCUAUAGGAGAUCUGGCGGAGAUACACGGCGGAGGCAAUGCUCUGAUCCAAUGGUUGCCAGAACUUAUGUCGAUCCAGAUAGAAAUACUGUCAGAUCCCAAUCAACCUGAAAAGAAAAGUGUGGCUUUAUGGUCCUUUGGUCAAAUCAUCGGGGCGAUUGGUUAUGUAGUGACGCCAUAUAUGGAAUAUCCCAAUCUAAUGGAUAUGCUACUGAAUUUCUUAAAGACUGAACAACAUCCUGUAGAUAGAAGGGAAACUAUUCGCGUUUUGGGUCUCUUGGGUGCCCUAGAUCCUUAUAAACACAGAGUUAACCAAGGUUUGAUUGAUUUUCAAACUAUCUCUACCUUGAUUCCUGUGCCUGACACGUCGGCGAAUGAUACUUUCGAUACUAAUAUAAGUGAAAUGCUUGUGAGCAUGUCGCCGUUAGUCCUGGAUGAGUUCUACCCAGCAAUCGCAGUAACUUCGUUGAUGCGUAUACUUCGCGAUCCUCUACUUGCUCAACACCAUACCAGUGUAGUUCAUUCCGUCACCUAUAUCUUCCAAACUCUGGGUAUUAAAUGCGUGCCGUAUAUCUCCCGUGUUACUCCGAGUCUUUUAUACGUAAUCCGAUCGACAGACAAUCAGAAUUUUAGAGAAUUCUUGUUCACUCAGUUAGCAUUGCUUAUUUCUGUUGUUAAAAUCCACAUCAGGGCGUAUUUAGAGGAUAUAUUUGAUCUCAUCAGGGAAUACUGGACUCCAGACAGUCCAUUGCAACCCACACUCAUAUUACUAGUCGAACACAUAACAGUAGCUAUUGGUACUGAAUUUAAAAUAUACCUACGCAAAAUACUACCAAAUAUUUUGAGGGUCUUAAAAAACGAUAAAAGCAAGGAUAAAAUUUUAACCGAGAAGUUACUACUUGCUAUUCAGAAAUUCGAAAACAAUUUGGAUGAUGUUUUAUUAUCGGUAGUACCCGCUAUAACUGGGCUCUUUGACGGAAGGAAUAUACCGGCUUCAAUAUCCAAAUUGGCGAUGGAAACCAUUGAACAUUUGGCCAUGUAUUUAUAUUUUAAGCCAUAUUCGGCGAUGAUAAUCCAAGCAUUAGCCAAGGUCUUGGAAAACAGUCCAUCUCUGCAACAAACGGCUAUGAACACGCUAUGUGCUCUAAUCGUCCAAUUGGGACGCGAGUACAUCGACUACAUAGCUUCAAUCGACAGAAUAUUGGUCAAACAUAAAAUACAAUGUCCAAAUUAUAUAGUGCUAGUGACCAGACUACAGGUCAUUUCCACUUUAGCCUCAGACGAUGACUAUCUGGACGAAACAAGAUUACGAAUACGAAAUCUAAAGAAGAAUGUGGUCAACAACGAUCCUCAAACAAUCCAGAAGUUGGCACUCAAUGUUGAAAAACUCCGAAAAUGUUGGAUGGUGCACAAUGUUGUAUCAAAAGAAGACUGGUUAGAAUGGCUGCGUCAGUUAAGCGUUGGAUUCCUGACUGAGUCUAAUAGCCCUGCAAUAAGAGCUUGUUCGAGUCUAGCCCAAAACUAUCCACAACUAGCAAGUGACUUAUUCAAUGCGGCCUUUAUGUCGUGUUGGACGGAGUUGGGCGAACAGUCUCGCAAUGAACUUGUGACGUCAUUGGAGCGAGUGCUCAGAGUUCCCGAUGCUCCGGAACUUGCCUUAGUUGUCCUCAACCUGGCGGAAUUCCUGGAACAUUGCGAAAAAGGCGCGCUACCCAUAUCCAUUAAACUUCUUGGUGAUACCGCUAUAACUUGUCGGGCUUACGCAAAAGCACUUUAUUACAAGGAAGAAGAAUAUCGAAGAAAUCCUACGACUCAAGUGGUCGAGGCGCUUAUACAUAUAAACAACAAAUUACAACAAAAAGAAUCCGCUAAUGGGUUAAUUGAAAAAGUGAUAUCCCAGAAAAAGAAUGGUGACUGUUCUCUCAAUGUUCACGUGCGAUGGUACGAGAAACUGCAUAACUGGGAUCAGGCAUUGGAACUUUACAACAAAAAGUUGGAAGAAGAGCCUCAAGAUUGUGAGUCAAAGUUGGGAAUGAUGAGAUGUCUAGAAGCUUUGGGAGAAUGGCGGAAGCUCUAUACCAUAACUGCAGAAGAUUGGGAUUCUAUGAACGAAGAUUUAAAAAAGAAAUCUGCGAAAAUUGCUGCCGCGGCGUCUUGGGGUUUGCAAGAGUGGGAUUCUAUGAAAAAAUACGUGGACUGUAUUCCAGAUGAUACUCAAGAUGGAGCAUUUUAUAGAGCCAUUUUGUCGAUUCAUGAAGGGCAUUGGUCGGAGUCGAGACAUUACGUCGAUACUGCAAGAAGCUUAUUAGAUGCAGAGUUGUCAGCCGUAGUCGGGGAAAGUUAUCAGAGGGCGUACGGGGCUUUGGUGAAUGCUCAGUUGUUGACAGAAUUGGAGGAAGUUGUUACUUACAAGCUCGUCGAAGAGAGAAGAGGUAUCAUUCAUAGAACGUGGUGGACGAGGUUGCAAGGCGGGCAGCGUUUAGUCGAAGACUGGCGAAGAAUGCUUCAAAUUCGGACCUUGGUUAUGACACCUCGGGAAGACUUUCAAACUUGGUUAAAGUUUGCGUCCUUGUGCAGAAAAACAGGUGCCGUUAACCAGGCACACAAAGUAGUUCUCACGGUUUUAGGUUGCGAUCCGAUGUCUAAUUCUGACGUGCUUUUGCGGAACCAAGAUCCACGAAUCGUUUUAUCCUAUAGCAAAAAUUUGUGGGACGCGGGAAAUAAACGAUAUGCCUACGAUGUUUUGCAAAGAUUCGUGGACACCUCCGAACCAGAAAGUGAAGACCACUGUCGCUUGCUAGCACGAUGUCACUUGAAGUUGGGUUCCUGGAGCGAGUCUCUUCAAGAAAUUAAUGAAUUGUCAAUACCGGAAAUCUUGAGAAACUAUGAUGCGGCGAUAAAUCUUGCCCCAGAGUGGUACAAAGCUUGUCACGCUUGGGCGUGUAUGAAUUUUGAGACUGUCCUGUUCUAUAAGCAACAAGACAAUAUGUCGGAGAGUAGUUUAGCCGGCGGUUCCAGCGAGAAGAAGGUGUCAAGGGCGGAAUUCAUCAACACGUAUACUAUACCUGCUAUUAAAGGAUUCUUUAAGUCCAUCAGUCUUUCAAACGGAAGUUCUUUGCAGGACACGCUAAGACUUCUCACUUUGUGGUUCGACCACGGACAUCAUCCUGCCGUAUACGACGCUUUGUUCGAAGGUAUCAGACAAAUCGAUGUCAAAAUAUGGUUGCAAGUGAUACCGCAACUCAUAGCUAGGAUAGAUUCACCGAGGAGCCUUGUGGCUAAAUUGGUCCAUAUUUUGCUCAUUGAUAUUGGCAAGCUACACCCGCAGGCUUUGGUCUAUCCUUUGACUGUUGCCACGAAGUCGUCUUUUGUUACGCGAAAGAAUGCUGCAAAUUAUAUUUUGAGGACCAUGUGUACUCAUUCACAAAAACUCGUCAACGAAGCUGAAAUCAUAUCAGAGGAAUUGAUCAAAAUUGCCAUGUUGUGGCACGACCAAGUCUACACUGCGCUAGAAGAUGCCUCAAGAUUAUAUUUUAGCGAAAAAGACUACAGGGGCAUGUUUAGGACUCUUGAUAAAAUGCACGCGAUGCUCGAUCAACCACCCGAGACGUUAAAGGAAGUUUCGUUUCUGCAAAUGUAUGGCAGAGAUUUGCAGGAAGCACAACGCUGGUGUGAAAUGUACAAGGAGACCAACGAGGACCGGUACCUGAACGAGGCUUGGGACCUAUACUGUCACGUGGUGCGACGUAUUGGCGCGCAGUUCCGCUCGCACACAUCGCUGGAGCUGCAGUACGUGAGCCGGCGACUGCACGCGUGCCGCGACCUGGAGCUGGCCGUGCCCGGCUCCUAUGUACCCGACGAACGCGUUAUCCGCAUCGCGCACAUAAAUAGUCACUUGCGGGUUAUCAAAUCCAAACAACGCCCACGUCGUCUCACAAUACAAGGCUCGGACGGAAAGCAGUACAUGUUCCUCCUCAAGGGCCACGAAGACUUACGUCAGGAUGAACGAGUGAUGCAACUGUUUGGGCUCGUCAACACGUUACUGCAGGCAGACACGAACACAUACAGACACGAUCUAGCCAUACAGCGGUAUGCGGUCGUCCCGCUGUCUCCCAACUCUGGCCUGAUCGGUUGGGUGCCCCAGUGUGACACACUGUACAACCUAAUAAGCGACUACAGAGACAAGAAGUCAAAUAAGAUGGCUUUGAACACUGAGCAGCAGAUUAUGUUGCGGAUGGCGUCGGAUUAUCAGAAAUUGAUGCUGAAACAUAAGGUAGAAGUUUUCGAAUACACUCUAUCCCAAACGCCAGGGAAUGACCUAUCCAGACUGCUGUGGCUAAAGAGUCCUUCAGCGGAAGCUUGGUUCGAGCGUCGCACGAACUACACCCGUUCUCUCGCAGUCAUGAGCAUGGUGGGCUACAUCCUGGGGCUGGGCGACCGGCAUCCCUCGAACAUCAUGCUGCAUAGAGUAACAGGGAAAGUGCUGCAUAUCGACUUCGGGGAUUGCUUUGAAGUCACACAGAGUAGAGAACGGUUUCCAGAGAAGAUUCCGUUCAGAUUAACUCGGAUGUUGAUCAACGCUAUGGAGGUUACGGGCAUAGAAGGCUCAUAUCGUUCCACGUGCGAAUCCGUAAUGCACGUCCUUCACAAACACAGAGACAGUGUGAUGGCCGUACUAGAAGCAUUCGUGUACGAUCCCCUGCUCAACUGGAGACUCAUAGACAACGAGAAACAUUCUAUCACAGAAUCCACAUUCUCAUCGGACAUAGACUCCUCAUAUUCUCUACCAAGCAGAAGUAGAAAUCACUUAAGAUAUGAGUCCUUAGAAAUGCCACCCGAAUCUAAUCUGAACAAGCGAGCGCUUGCAAUACUAAAUCGUAUUAGAGAUAAAUUGACAGGAAGGGAUUUCCCCCAUAUAGAAGCGGUGGUAAGUGUACCAAAGCAAGUGGAUCUGUUGAUUAAAAUCGCGACGAACAAUGAGAAUUUGUGUCAGUGUUAUAUCGGUUGGUGUCCGUUUUGGUGAACUGUGACGGUUUUUCAGUGUGUUUUUAUUAUGAAAAUGAUUUGUAUGUGAAGGCCAGGAUCCUUGCCUAAGGCUGAGAUCUAUGAACUGUAGGUACUUUGACUUUGCUCAGACUUAAGUUUCAGUUAAAACAAGACAGAUUUAUGCCUGCGAAAUAAAGCUGUUUCGUUUUAACAUUGUCUUAAAGUCUUAGUAACCUUAGUCUUAAUUUACAUUGAAAGGGAAUGGAAGCGAAUUCCUAUAAUAUUACACAGCAUAUUGACUUCAUCUCCACACUAAAGCACCAAUUUACGGUAAUUUUCGCGCAUUCCGGUGGGUUAUUCAUUUGGGCAAGGUGCUGGAGAUAAAAGUCAAUAUGCUAUGUAAUAUUUUAGAAAUUCGCCUAGGACGUGUGUUAAACUAACGUUAUGGGAUCAUAAUAAGCACUGAUUUAAUUCAAGAAAAUACAGGUCUAAUUAAAUAUAUUCUUAUAGCAGCGAAACAUCAUAUUAUUGCCUAUCAGUAUUGUUUAUACAACAAAAUAAUAAGUUCCUAUUCUUACACUACAAAAUAGACGUCGAAAAAUUGUCUAAAAGCUUGCCAAUUGGCUAAUUCUAUUGAAUAGUUUCAUAUAUUGUAUACGAUUCCUGAGACUGUUCACGCCAUACAGCGCAUAGAAAACUGCGAACUACGCGGACGGCAGAACUAAAGAUAUGUGUACAUUUUUAUGUCCAUAGGUUUCGUUUCAUUUUAAAAUAAUACCAUCCUUUUCUGCACGGAACAUUGUAAAUGAGAUAGCAUUACGAUAGGUUGAGAUUUAUAGAGCGUAGGUACUUGGCCUUUCGUGAGAUUUAAGUGUUAUAACGAGACAGGAUGUCAAGACACAUAUCUGUCUAGUUUUAACUCUAGGCUUAGAUCUAUAGUGUACUUUGACUUUGCUCAGACUGUAUUAGAGUUUAUAAAAGAAAGUAAGAAUAAACGUUUAUUUUGUAAGUUGUGUCACACACCACUUUAUAUCUCAAUCAGUGAGCCUGUCUGCGUCCACUGCUGGACAUAGGCCUUUCCACCACUCACAUACAUUCGGUCCUUCGCCUUUCUCAUCCACCCACUCCACUUCCCACUAUUCUAUUAAGGUCGUCGGUCCAGCGGAUUGGGCGACUUUAAAUACCUAAGGGUUGGUUAUCUCAGCGCUUCCUCCACUCAAGCAUUAAAGCUGCAUGCCUCAAUGUGGUAAAACGAGAAAGAGAAAAUUACUUCAGAGGUACAAAUCUGUCUCUGUCUAAGUAAAGUCAAAGUACCUUCAGCACUAUCAUCAGCUGAUAUUCUAAUUUAGUUUAGCGGUUGGGUGCUGCCGAAUUAGAUGCCUAUUGCAAUUGAAACAAUACUCUUGGAAAGUUGUAUAAAUGUCAAGUACAAUUCGCCUCAUCUUUUGAUAAGAUAAAAUAAGACUCACCCGGGGACUCCCCUCAACUUUAUAGUCAUUUGUAAACUUCAUUAUAAUGAAACUAUUGUAGGUAACUUCCCUUAUUUAAUUUCUCUUAUAUUAAAAUACUGUGCGUAUAAAAGUGUAAACUGUAAUAUAGCUAUGUAUGAUGUAAAACAUAAUUAUGAUAAGGUAUUAAGUUUAUCAUAAUAAACAAAAGUUAUUAUUGAA